AUGAAUGUUACGCAGAUUACAUACUUCACUCUAAGUCCCUACUUUGAGAUUGGGGUAUACAAAUACUUGUAUUUCCUCAUUAUUCUGACUGCUUAUGUUGCAAUUAUCUGUGGCAACCUCUUGCUGAUUGUGGUUAUCUGUGUGAACAGAAGCUUACAUGAACCUAUGUAUGUGUUUCUGUGCAGCCUGUUUGUAAAUGAGCUGUAUGGUAGUACAGGGCUGUUUCCAUUCCUCCUGAUUCAGAUCCUCUCUGAUGUUCACACUGUUUCUGUUUCAUUUUGUUUCCUGCAGGUUUUCUGUGUGUAUACUUACGGUUGUGUAGAGUUUAUAAAUUUAGUCAUCAUGUCUUAUGACAGAUAUUAUGCCAUCUGCUGUCCUCUACAAUAUAAAUCAUACAUGACACAUAAAACAGUUGCCUUGCUGAUUUCGGUAACAUGGUUAUUCCCUUUUAUUACGAUUGUCAUCCUGAUAUCUUUGAGUGCUCCUCUGCAGCUCUGUGGAAACAUCAUUAACAAAGUUUUCUGUGGAAACUAUGCCAUUGUUAAACUGGCCUGCUCUGACACCAGCAUCAAUAACAUCUUUGGACUCAUUUACACUUUCAUCUCAGUCAUUGUUCCCCUCAUUUUAAUCCUGUACACCUACAUGAGGAUCCUGAAAGUCUGUUUUUCUGGUUCCAAACAGACCCGACAGAAAGCCGUCAGCACCUGUACGCCUCACCUGGCUUCCAUUUUCAACUUUUCUUUUGGUUGCUGUUUUCAGAUAUUACAGAGCAGAUUUGAUACAAACAGGGUGUCGAAUGUUUGGGGCAUUUUAUCAUCAUUAUACUUUCUGACAUGUCAGCCACUGUUCACACCAGUACUGUAUGGGCUGAAAAUGACCAAAAUACGCAUCGCAUAUAAACAGCUGUUUUUUGGUAAAAUGUAG